CGUAUCCAGAGUCCAAAUGUUCAAAGGUCCAGAGAUCACCGACAUUUGACUAAGUUGCAAUAAGUGAUCGGGCCCUUCUUUGCUGGCAGGCCAAAACAUGGUAUCUCCAAGAUUGGGUCUCCGUUUGGCUGUCUGUUUGCUGAACAUUUCUGAAGCUAGGAAGCAAGACAUUGUGGAAAGGAUUGCUAAAGCUGCACUCUGUGAUAAGCCAGGCCAGAAGAAAACGCAAACAACUGUGCUGAAUAUAUUUUCAGAUUAUGACUAUAACAGAUCUGUCUUAACUCUUGCUGGUCCCAUUGAGACCUUAGUCAAUUUUCUGUUUUCAGGUAAUUCCAUUGUGACAGCAUGCACUGAAGCAUUUGAUUUGAUUGACAUGGGGCACCAUGAUGGCAUUCAUCCUUGCCUUGGGAGUGUGGAUCUUGUCCCAAUUUACCCUCUCUCAGAGUCCGUUAGCCUGGAAGAAUGUGGCAAAGUGGCUCGUGAUAUUGCAGAAAAUCUAUCCCAUGAUGUACCAGGUUGCAGUAUGUUUUAUUUUGGAUACGCUGAUCAACCUCUCAAACGAAAUCUGGUCCAACGCAGAAAAGAGUUGAACUGGUAUAAGCGGACCUGUUUGAAUGUGAAUGAAAUAAGGCCAGAUGUAGGAGCUGCAGUUUCUUCUAAAUAUGGUUUAACAGGAAUUGGUGCUAGCCCGUAUGUUAUGAACUGCAAUGUGACUAUAGAUACACAGGACCUGAACAUUGGUCAGCAGAUUGCCAGUGCCAUCCGAGGAGCGAACGCUGGUGGUCUUCAAGGCAUUCAGGCAAUGGCCUUUCCUCAUGAGGGCACUGUGGAGAUAGCCUGUAAUGUGGAGAGCUUUCAAGACAAGUCUUUAUCAUCUCUGACAGAAGAAAGCAAGAAAUAUAUUUCUUAUUAUAUUCAGGGAGAAGAAUACUUGUACUUUUCUCCAAGAUCCAUCGAGAGGCAGAUUAAAAAAUUGGCUGCCAGCCAUGGAGUUGCAACGGUUGGUACGGCAUUAGUUGGGUUCACUCCCGAACGAUGUAAAAGCUUGGCAGAACAGGCUAUACUGGAAGGGUGUGGGGAGUUCUGGAAGAAGCGCAAGACCAUUACUAUGUAAGAGGCAUGCAUGUGUGAUUAAUGCCAUUAAGCAAUCAUGUUUAAACUAAUCACGUCGCCUACAUGUGGACAAAUAUCAAUGUACUAUGAUGAAUGUUUUGAGUCUCAUUAACAUAUUCCAAAAGAAACUGACCUGUUUUCGAUAUGUGGCAAGUAAUUCUUAUAUAAGUAUGACAGUAGAUUAGGCACAUUAUAGAAAUGCUUCAAAUAGGAACAAGUUCCUCUGAGAUGGUAGACAGGCAACUGUUUUCCAAGAUUCUGCCAAUGUCACUGUUGACAUGGCUCAUGAGAAUGUAAGAAAAUGGUCCAGGGUGACUGGGUUAUUCAUUGAUUUUCUUUUUGAGGCGUAAUUCUUUUCUUUUACUGAAGGCAUUGGGUCAUGCUUAGUUACAGUUUGACAGGUGUUGGAAACUCCGUGGUCUCUCAAGCAAAUGACAGUUCUGCAUUUGUGAGCUCAGACAAAAUGUGCUGGCAGAUGAUUUAACCAUUAAAGGUUUUACAGAUGAGACCAAUCCUGCCCACGGGUGCUGUUUCUAACAGGAGGUACUAGGUAGUGAUAGGACUGGAAACCGCUGAUAUUUGUUCCUCCUUUCUCCAGGAGUCAUAAGGUCAAAUAACUUGAUUGGAUCACCGGCCAGGCCGAGUUCAGCUGACUCAGCACAGACAGGAUUUGAACCUGGGAUUGUCUGGGUCAUAUUGUAGAACAUGUUUGCUCAUUGGGAGAAUUUCUUUCCUGCCUUUUCAGGACGUGCCUAUAUCUGAUGCCACAGGAAGAAUUAGGAGCUCUGCUGUGAGACAUGCUCCUGUUGCCAGCUCCAAUGCGAGCACAAACUAACACUAUAUUACUCUGUAUGCUGAAUUACUAUGGCAAGCCUAGAAUUUUGAAGUACAGGGCAUAGCCUUUCUAUAAUCCACUGCUGAAGUUUAAAGAAUGAAAACUGAGCCAUUUUUUAGAAAGAGGAGGAACAGUGUUAUUCAUCAAAAUAGUUCACCUUGAAUAUUGCACAAGAAAAGUCACAUAAAAGAGAUCCACUUAUUGUUACCAGACCGUAGGAACAAGUAUGUCCACUACAUAUUGUUUAGUUCUAGUUUGAAGAAUGUCAUCAGAGGUUAUUGCAGCAGAAAGUGGCUGAGCUGUGGUUUAAGAAGCCAGUAUAACAGUUCUUUGUUCAGUUAUUUUUUGUGCCUCUGUACCUGUCACAAUCUCAUUUGCACAUCAGGCCAGCUAGAAUUACCUGAGGCAUAUUUCUAUUUCCUCUCACUUGCUUCUGGGACAAAUAUGCAUAUACAGAUAUUUCUGAACUGCCAAUCAUGGUUAGGAUUCUAAUUAAUACUCUGAGUAAGAGCCUGUCUGAUUAUUUAUGGGACUAUGGACUACUGUAUUAAGUACUGAUAUUAAAAGCCAUAGUUAUUGCAAAA